UUCACCUGCACCAAAUAAAAUAAAAGUAAAUACCUCCCCUCUUCACGCUUCACCAACGACGACCCUCUGUUCCCCGGGAGGACGCCUCGUGAUCCCAACCCCUUCCAUCUUUUAUCAUAAAUUAUUAUUCUCACUAUUCCGUGCCUUUCCCCUCUUUCUUUUCAUCCAUCGGCAAAUGUUGCUCUCCCUUCUCGAAACUCCAGUAGCCAAGGUUCUUUUCCUCGAGGCGUAACCCCUCCCUAUCCCCAUCCUGUCAUCUUCUGACAACCAGGAAUAUAUUUAUUCCACCCCAAUUCCUCAUCACUCGAUCUAUUCUUUUUCUUGAACACAACCAAUCUAUCAUUCUGUUCUCAAGAUUUUUAGGGAUUAAUGUCAGAUUUCUCUAGCUGUAGUUCCUUCCAAAAUCGGAGAUAAACCCAAAGUUUCACUUAAAAAGAACAAAAAAAAAAAAAAAACCAAAAGAUUCCGGCUUUCGUUCACUAACGUUCUCGAGUUUGUAGCCUUUCUUGUUUUUUUUUUGGGUCUCUUAGGGUUUGCAUUUCUUUGAUUUCUGAGUGAAAUAUCUUGGAUUGAUUCGGUUCACCUGUAGAUUGUUAUAGAGUUCUGAGUUUGUGAUCUUAGAAUUUGGUUGGUGAUGUCUUGUAGCUCUUCGGAUCCACCCAGUUAUUGCUCGACUGCUUCCCCUGAGUUGAAGCUCUACCAAGCUUUCAUCUUUUCGGUGCCGGUGUUCUUCACCUUUGUUCUUCUGAUCUUGUUCUACCUGUUCUAUUUGAGGCGGCGGAGAGCGAAUUGGCAGUCACUGAGGAUGAGGGCUUCUCAUUUGGGCAGGGGAGAGGUCCCAAGAAGUUCGGAGUCAGGUUUAAAGAAAGAAGUGAGAGAGAUGCUUCCGGUAGUCAUUUUCAAGGCGAGCUUCUUGAUCAGAGAGACACAAUGCUCAGUAUGCUUAGGGGAAUACCAACCAAAUGACAGGCUGCAGAGAAUACCUCAAUGCGGACAUACAUUUCAUGUAGAUUGCAUUGAUCACUGGCUUACCACUAACACCACCUGUCCUCUCUGCCGAGCCUCGCUCCUUCCAGUGACAAAAGCUGUGGAGACAAACGUCCCAUAUCAUGAAAGCCAAACCAUUGGAGAAGAUAACCUGCAAGAACAAUCCUCAGAGAGGCUCAUUGACGAGAGAGUUGCUCAGCAUGACAUUGAAGCAGCAGAAAGGCAAGUAGUUCUUGCUAAUGAGGACUGCAGCGAUUUAAGAGAAGAAGAAGGACGUAGGCAUGAUGGGGAAGUAUCAAGCAGUUAAUUGCUGAAGCUCAUGGUAGUGUUUAGUGGAAACUAGGGGGACAGGCUGCCUAUGAUGCAAGUGUAUUAUUAUUUUCUUGGGCAUGAAUUAUUUGAUUGUACUGAAUAUACUGGUAUUAUUGAUUUUAUGUGUUCCAAAUAAAACGAGUUAUGAUUUUAUAAAUUGUAAGUGUUUGCA